GGCAGGCAGAGGGGCUUCACUAGCAGACACAGCGGCGAGGCAGCCAGUCAAGGACUAGGAGGAGAUAACAUCAAGAUGCCGAAGACUGAGGAAACUGUGUUCCAGAAUGAUCCCAGUGUAGCAGAGAAUGGGGCCCCUGAGCCUAAAACACCAGGGCAGAGCCAGAAAAGCAAGAGUUUCUGUUUACAUGACCAGUGUCCUGAUCUGAUAGAGACAGUUAAUGAAGUUUCCAAGCUGAGCAUCGCACAUGAAAUCGUAGUAAACCAAGAUUUCUAUGUGGAAGAGACCAUUUUACCUUCAAACAGGUACAGAUUAUUCAGGUUUUUUUCCAGUUUACUCUUCCUGGGGCGUAGGUACAUAGCACAAAUGGCUUUUGGUCAG